UGUCAUAACAUUCUUAUCUUCGUUUAUUUUACAUUUUCAAAAAGCAGUAUUGGAUCAUAAAUUCAAAAAAGCCAAAAAUCUAAAAACAUAAACGACUAAAAAAUGUUGAAUAAAUUAAAGAGAUCUUUCAAAGCCAAAAAAGAUCCUCAACAAUUUCUUCAAUGUGGAAUUGGAGAGAAUAAAUUCAAAAUGAUUUUGCUGAAUGAACCAAAUCCCCAAAUUAAUGCUCCUGAGGAGAAACCACAUUUCCUGCCAUCUGGAUUCAAACCAAUAUCUGCAUCGACUCCAAAGAGAUCUCGAGAAUCAUUUAAAAUUAUUGAAGAACCUUCACCAGUAUUAAGUCGAGUAUCACCAGCACCACGUCUUAAAAUGUCACAAUUUAUUGGUCAGAUUCCUCAAAAAAAUGCUAGAUCAUCAUUUACGUCAUCACCGUUCCAUUAA